AUGAUGUCCGACCCCACAGCAGCCGUUGAUCCUCAUGACCCUUCGGUCGAUGUCCCCAAAGGUCGCAAAGCCUUUAUUCCGCUAGAAUGUAACCCCGAGUUGAUGACCACCCUUGUGCACAAUCUGGGGUUAACUCCAACGCUUGCGUUUCACGACGUCUUCUCCAUCUCGGAGCCCGAGCUCCUUGCAUUCGUACCGAGACCAGCCCUUGCUCUACUUCUGGUUUUCCCUGUCUCCGAGAGCUACGAGAAGUUUCGGCGCGAUGAGGAUGAAAGCAGGCCCGAAUACAACGGCAAAGGCGUCUUACAUGCAAUCUCUAACGGUGCUGCCCGAGACAUGAUCGAGGCCGACUCCCCCAUCGGUAGACUGCUUGCCAAGGCACUCCCACUCCCCCCACUGGAUCGUGCCAAGGUCCUCGAAGAUUCUCGGGAACUCGAAUCGGCCCAUAAGUCCGCAGCUACCCAGGGAUCAUCUGUUGUCCCAGAUGCAGAGGCCGAUGUGGACCUGCACUAUGUCUGCUUUGUCAAAUCCAAGAGCAAUCAUCUCUAUGAGCUUGACGGAAGAAGAAAAGGACCGCUGGACAGGGGCUUCUUGGGCGAUGAUGACGUCUUUAGUGAGAAGGCUCUCAAAGUCGUGCAAGACUUUAUCGACAGAGAAAAAGAAAGCGGAAGGCUAGACUUCAGUCUUGUUACUCUAGCACCAAGCUUAGGUUAG